AUGAGUACCCAAGGACUAAAUAAUGAAGAAAAUAGUAGUAGUAACUCGGAUACAAUUGAAAAGUUAAAUAUAGGACCUAAGAAAAGACAAUCUUUUGGACAAGAAGUAGACGUUAUGAAAAAAUCGAGACUGUGUUCCCACGAGCAGGGCGAAGACUGUAGAUGCACAAGGUAUAAAUGUUUUGAAAAAUUAGAUUUUCUUGAACGUAAACAAAUCAUAAAAUUUGAUGAAAUGUCUUCUAAAGACGAACAAAGUUCGUACUCAACAGGUUUAAUAAGUGUGUUUCCAAUUAAAACACGUCGCCCAAGACAAAAUAAAGAAUUAGCUAGAUUUCAUGACAGGGCAAAUUCUUAUAAAAAAGAACUAUGA